AUGCCGCCAUACAGCACCAUCACUGCAACCUUCAUCAUCAUCAUCACCAUCAUGAGCAUCAAUACAUCAUCAUUAUCAUCAUCAUCACCACCAUCACUAUUACCGGUAUCAUUUAUACUAGCAGGAAUAGAAACACAGAUACCAUUACUCACUUUCUCUACUACCGCCAGUUAUCAUUUGAUCAAUCUUAAUCACAUCACUUAUAUCAACAGUUAG